UCAUUGUCCUCAGUGUAAUGUCGAUGAUGUUGGAUAGACCAAAAGUUUUGUUCAAAAAAAUGUGUGAAAUUCAAAAACUGCUAUAGAGCUACGUGCAUCGACAGCUAUGAUUUGAAAAUGUUUAAUAAGAAUAAAACCCAACAGAAUUUGACUUCAAACAUCGACACGUCCACUGUACGAUCUCUUUUAUGUUUCAAUCAAAAUUUUCAGUUGUAUGAAGUCAUCACAUUUAAAAGAUGGUAGGCUACCAGUGUUUGUAUUUCCGGAGUCACUAACAUUCUUUGCUGAUGACCAAUCCACAUUCAAGGAAGUUCUAACCGUUUACAACCCCUACACAUUUUCUGUAGAAUAUAAAGUGUUUGGAACAGCACCUCGUUUAUACAAAGUAACAGAAGCUCAAGGAGUCAUCAAACCACACUGUUGUGUUGACAUUGUAAUACGUUGUCUGGAAAUAAAAAAUCACACAGAAAGAACUGACAAAUUUCGCCUGUGCUUAUUUGAGCAUGGAAUACAAAAGCGCAUAGGAGAAAAAGUGAUUGCAGCUUCAGUGGUGAAUAAAAAGGAAAAUAUAGAUAAGAAAAAAUUUCCAGCCAAUUCAGCUAAAAAAUCUUUGAGAAGUCAUCAAGAUUUUAAAGUUCAUUCUGAAGUGAGAAGUGGUCCUAGUGCAUUGAUCAUAAUUUUAUGUGCAAUAUGUCUUAUUGCUCUUGUGUUACCAACUGUUGGUGAAAUAUCAUCAAUGCCAUUCUAUUUACAUUUAACUAUCAAUCAAAAGUUGAUUGCAGCUUACAUAUUAGGUCUUGCCACAAUGGCAAUACUCAAAGCUAACUGAAAUGGAAAUAGGCACGUGAAACAAUGUAACAUAUUUUAUGUAGAUAUUGUAUAUAGAAUUAGGGUACACGGAAGAGGUAAUUUUAUGUUAAUUAUAAUGGUAUUUAUUAUUUGUAAAUAUAUUGGAUGCUUUUAUAUGUCUUUUAAAAAUUUCAUAUUCCACAUUUAUUAGUUUGGUAAUAUAUUUAUAUCGCUUUGCAA